CUGAGAAUCCGUCACCACAAACACACCACACGUACGCACGCGGACUCUAUGACUACUCUCUCCGUCUCUCUUUCUCACACUCACUCUCUGUUCGUCCUCUUACCAUUCCUCUUGUUUCUCUCUAACACUCCUCCUCCUGAGUGUUCCUUCCUUUGCAUCCUCUUUCUUUCUCCUUUUUCAUGCCAAGAGUUUGGGACUAAAUUUUGUAUGUCGGCUCGUGUGUGCUCCCUAUGUGCGUCAGUGUGCACGCUGGUGAGUGAGAGUGUACGGGAACUACCUCUGUGUGAGUGAAAGCAGCGAGGCAUAUCAGUGAGUGUAUGUGGGUCUCUCUCUUACCCUCACACACUCGCCGCUCCUCCUCCUACUCUACUUGGGAUCCCCGUGUCCCUUUCCUCUGUGGCAGGCUCCCCACACCCAGCAGUCACCAUUUCCGCCCCAGGGAGAGCCACGCUGGCAGCACAGCCCCUUCCCCGACUCAGCAUCGGGAGGAAGACCCUGGUGGCGGCUGCCGUCGGGGUCAUGCUGGUCCUGGUGCUGGUGGUCCUCAUCCCCGUUCUGGUCAGCUCCGUGGGCACCGACACCAGCCACUUUGAAAUGCUGGGUACCUGCCGCAUGGUGUGUGACCCCUACCUGAACAAGGGCACAACGGCCAGCAGCACCAGCUCCAGUGGCAUCCAGGCAGAAGCCGAGGCCCUCAGCGACAACAGCAACAUGCCCUCCACGCUGGUGCAGGGCCCCCAGGGCAAGCAAGGCAGGCCAGGUAAACCUGGACUCCCGGGACCGCCUGGAGAGCCAGGGCCACCGGGGCCAGUGGGACCCCCUGGAGACCGAGGGUCUGGAGGGAGGACUGGGAUUUUGGGGUUGGGGGGGAACGGAGCUAUCAGCACGGCCACCUACAGCACAGUGCCCCGGGUGGCCUUUUACGCAGGGCUUAAGAACCCCCAUGAAGGCUAUGAGAUCCUCAAGUUUGACGACGUGGUCACCAACUUGGGAAACAACUAUGACGGCAUCUCAGGCAAGUUCAUCUGCAGCAUCCCUGGCACCUACUUCUUCAUCUACCAUGUGCUAAUGAGAGGUGGGGAUGGGACCAGUAUGUGGGCAGACCUCUGCAAAAACGAACAGGUGCGAGCCAGCGCCAUCGCCCAGGACGCUGACCAGAACUAUGACUACGCCUCCAAUAGCGUCAUCCUCCACCUAGACGCAGGCGACGAGGUCUACAUCAAGCUGGACGGGGGCAAGGCUCACGGCGGCAACAACAACAAAUACAGCACCUUCUCUGGGUUCAUCCUCUACGCCGACUGAACCCGCGCAGGUGCCACGUCCAGAGAGAGAAAGACAAGAAAGUAAGAGAUUGAGAGAAAGAGUUCUAAUGAGGGAAGGAGGGGGUUAAAAGCCAGAAUGCUUUCUAGUUUCCUGGUUCUCUCCAUCGUCACACCAACCUCUGCUUAUAAAACACAUCAGCCCUAAAUCAAGGUUCUCCAGCUCAGCUUGGCCUGCCUGUCUGCCGUGCUGUGAGGGAGGGAGGGAGAACACGAUGAUAGGGGAGGGAGUAGUGGGGGGUGAAGCUUGGUAGAGAGAGGUGCCCUCCUCAUCAGAAUUCUAUCCUGUCAGUUGCUCCUCGCUUUCUGAAUAUUUCUCCUCCUCAAACUGGAAAAUAAACCAACUAACGCCAAGUGGAUCCGGCCUCAUCAUCUUCUCUCCAUAACAGUUGGCUAUAUGGACUCUGUUGACUGAAAUUGUCCUAUCUUGUGGUUGUGUGCUUUUCCUUAGAAUAUCAGUAUUUUACUUUUGUGAAAGAUACUACUGCAUCGUAUAUUUACACAAAAGAGGAUAUUAAAAAUACGUUUAUCCCUUGUUUAUCCCUAAAAAAAAACUUGAUUUUGAGAGAACGGUUUUGUGAGAUGUUGAUUGUGAUUUCCGAAGCCUUCAGUUGAGAAACGGUAAUGAAAAGGUGCCAUUAUGGUUUCUGAAGAUGAUUCUAAUAAUGAUUUCUUGCAUUUGACACCUGGCUAUCACAUGGUGUUUAUUUAUGUGUGAUGUCAGCUGUGGGAACACAGACCUGGUUUGUGGCUGAAUGUUAUUCAUGCAAGGCAUGUUAUACAGAUACAACAUGACAUUUUCCCUUGUCCCAUCCAACGCAUCUAGAGUCUCUAUCCUUGCCCCUUGUCCCGUCUCUAUACCCUUAUCCUAUUUGUCUAUACAGGGCCAAAGUGGGUUGAGAAUAGACUCAAAUGAAUAUUAGAUGUUCUAGUUAUGUAGAUAUCCUUCACCACCAGAAUCGUUCAAUGAAGCCACAUAUUCCGAUUCGGAGGUAACCCAUUUUAUAAAACAACAGUGUCCAUUACUUCAGCUUCGUCCUCGAGCACUCUGCGGUGGUGAAGUAAAAAAUAUCAAGCAGAGCAAGGAGGGAGAGGGAGAGGGAGAGAGAGAGAGAGAGAGAGGGAGGGAGAGAGAGAGGGAGAGAGAGAGAGA